CGCUUCCUUCCAGCCAUCACGCUCUCCCGUUCGGCGCACCCUCACCACCUUCACGCCGCAUCCUCUCACCACAGCCGUCUGCGCACCGACGACACCUCGCCUGCGCCGCCUGCCGACCCGUCUUCGCACCUGACGAAGCCUCAUGUCCGCGCCCGCGCCUGUCCUGCCCCCGGGCUGGACGGCCCAGUGGGACCAGAGCGCCGGCCGCAACGUCUACGUCGAGACCGCGACGGGCCGCACAUCAUGGACGCCGCCCAAUGCCGGCGCGCCCGGUGCUCGUCCCACACACCCGCAGGGCCAGGCGCGCAUGUCGAUGCCGCCCAUGCAGGGGCCGCCAGCGAUGCGCGGCGCCUCGCCGCUGGCCGGGCCGCCCAUGGCCGGCGCUCCCGGCGCGCCGCCAGCCGCAGGCGCCACCUCGCCGCCCGUCAUCUCGAGUCGCCGGCGUGCGUACCCGACGGCACACAUGGCCGCCAACAGCGUCAGCUUCAGCGGCGGCUUUGACGCGGGCGCCGGCGGCGGUGCAGGCUACCCGGGCCACAUCGCAGAGGAGCCGGCGCAGGCUCAGCUCUUCACGCCCGGCGCGCCCGCGCCGCCACAGCAGCCGGGCGCGCCGUCGCCGUACGGCGGCAUGCCCUCCGUGCCGUCGCAGAGCAACUUUGCCAACGGCCAGCCGCAGGCGCCGCAGAUGGGCGGCUACCAGCAGGGCGGCAUGGCGGGCGUGACGAGCCAGUUCCAGGGCAUGGGCAUUGGUGGACAGCAGCAGCAGCAGAUGGGCGCCAAGGGUAACCCGCUCUACACGGUCAAUGUCAGCGGUGCGCAGCCCAACGUCAACGAUCUCGAGCGGCCGCCGCCGGAGAUCAAGCUGCCGGCAAAUGCGUGCAUCUCGCAGAACCCAAAGGCCAAUGCCGACCCGUCGUACCAGCGCUGCACGCUCAACGCCGUGCCGACGACGAAUGCGCUGCUGAACAAGUCCAAGAUUCCGCUCGGCCUCAUCCUCUCGCCCUACCGCACCGUGCGCGAGGCCGACGGCGACGAGCCGGUGCCCGUCGUCAGCGACACGGUCAUUGCGCGCUGCCGGCGCUGCCGCACCUACAUCAACCCCUACGUGCAGUUCAUCGAGGGCGGCAACCGCUGGAAGUGCUGCAUGUGCAACAUCAGCAACGAGGUGCCGCAGCUCUUUGACUGGGACCAGGAGAAGAACCAGCCGGCGGACCGCUGGCAGCGUCCCGAGCUCAACCACUCGGUCGUGGAGUUCAUCGCGCCGCGCGAGUACAUGGUCCGGCCGCCGCAGCCGCCAGUGUACGUCUUCCUCAUCGACGUCUCGCACCAGGCCGUCAGCAGCGGCAUGGUCGCCACGGCCUCGCGCACGAUUCUCGAGACGCUCGACCGCCUGCCCAACGACGACAACCGGACAAAAGUCUGCCUCAUCGCCGUCGACACGGCCCUGCACUUCUUCUGCCUGCCUGCCGGGCAGGAGGAGCCAGAGAUGCUCGUCGUCAGCGAUCUCGAGGACGUGUACCUGCCGAAGCCCAACGACCUGCUCGUGAACCUGACCGAGUCGCGCGCGGGCAUAGAGGCGCUGCUGGGCCGGCUGGGCGACAUGUUCAAGGACACGACGGUGAUGGGCUCGGCGCUGGGCGCCGGCCUGCAGGCGGCGUACAAGCUCAUCUCGCCCAUCGGCGGCAAGAUCAUGGUGCUCACCGCCUCGCUGCCCAGCGUCGGGCCUGGCGCGCUCAAGAACCGCGAGGAUGCCAAGCUGCUCGGCACGGCGAAGGAGUCGACGCUGCUGGCUGCCGCGUCGACGUUCUACAAGACGUUCCCCAUCGACUGCUCGCGCAGCCAGGUCUCCGUCGACAUGUUCCUCUUCUCGGCGGCCUACACCGACGUCGCGACGCUCUCGUGUCUGCCGCGCUACACGGGAGGCCAAACGUAUUUCUACCCGGCGUUCCACGCGUCGCGGCCAGAAGACGCGACCAAGUUUGCGCACGAGUUUGCCGAGGUGCUUGCCAGCCCGAUUUCCUACGAGGCCGUGCUGCGUCUGCGCUGCACCAAGGGCCUGCGCGCUGUGGGCUUCCACGGCAACUUCUUUGUGCGCUCGACCGACCUGCUGGCGCUGCCUGCCGUGCCGCUGGACCAGAGCUACGCCAUCGAGCUCGAGAUCGAGGAGACGAUUGCGGCGCCGUUUGUCGUGCUGCAGUCCGUCGUGCUGCACAGCACCAGCUACGGCGAGCGGCGCAUCCGCGUCGUCAAUCUGGCGCUGCCGACGACGACGUCGCUCUCGGAGGUGUACGCCAGCGCAGACCAGACGGCCAUCGCCGUGCUGCUCGCCAACAAGGCAGUGGAGCGCAGCGUGCACCACCGUCUCGAGGAUGCGCGCGAUGCGCUCACCAACAAGCUGGCCGACAUCUUCACGACGUACAAGGCGACGAUGACGAGUUCGGGCUCGGGCGCCAGCCCGCAGCUGAGCAUCGCCGCCAACAUGGCGCUGCUGCCGCUGCUCAUCCUCUGUCUGCUCAAGCACGUCGGCCUGCGCGCCAGCUCGUCGAUACCGUCGGACAUGCGUGCCUAUGCGCAGGCGCUGCUGACGACGCUGCCGGCGCAGCUCCUCGUGCCGUACCUGCACCCCAACUUCUACUCGCUGCACAACAUGCCCGCCGACGCCGGCACCGAGGGCGAGCACGGCUUCGUCAUGCCUCCCAAACUCAACCUCACGUCCGAGCAUCUCGAACCGCACGGCCUCUUCCUCAUCGAGAACGGCAUGGAGAUCAUCCUCUUCCUCGGCCGCGGCGCCGUCGACCGCCUCUGCCUCGACGUCUUUGGCGCGCCCAACUACGCGCAGCUGCGCGCCGGCAAGAUUACGCUGCCCGAGCUCGACAACAGCAUGAACAAGCGCGUCAACGCCAUCAUUGCGCGCAUCCGCUCCAUGCGCCGCGGCCCGUACCGGCAGCAUGUGCAGCUGGCGAAGGAGGACGCCGAGCCGGCCCUGCGGUUGUGGGCACUCAGCAUGCUCGUGCUCGACCGCUACGAGCAGACCGACUCGUACCAGCAGUUCCUGGCUACGCUGCGCAACAAGACGAACGGCGGAUCGUCGUAGUGGGCCGGGCCAGGCGGAGGGCCAGGUACAGGGAGCAGAGCGGGGAGAGCUAAUGAAUGGUAUUUCACGAC